CCACUUAAUUGAGGAAGGAAGGCAGGUUACAAUCGAAACUGCAGUCAACGGCUCUACAAAAGCACAUUUGACCUGUUUACAAACUAAAGUUUUGUGUUGGGGUCAACAAAUCUAGAAAGAAUUACAGGUAAACCGUCAACCAGAAAGGAAGAGUGUCUCUGGACAACUGUCAGCGUAUAAAAAGGAGAAUUUUGAAGAUAGUGAAAGUAAAAACUUGACGCGUUUUCUGAAGGGGCCUGCAGAUUCGACAGCGACGCGUUUUCUGAAGGGGCCUGCAGAUUCGACAGCGACACCAUGGCUGAAUGUGGUUGGGAUGAGGAGAUGUCAGAGGUUCCAUCCCUCCUUCAGGAGGACCUGACCUGUCCGGUCUGUAAAGAUCUCUACCGGGGGCCCGUUCUUCUUUCUUGCAGCCACAGCUUCUGCAAGGACUGUUUAGAGAAAUGCUGGAAGGGGCCGGGGCAGAACUGUCCCGUGUGCAGGAAGAGCUGUGACGGCGAGCAACCAAUAUCCAACCGGGCGCUGAUGGAUGCGACAGAGUCGUUUCAGAAGGAGAAGCGUUGGCGGGGACCGAACGCAAUCAGUAACGUGCGUCUUUGUAACCUGCAUCGUUUGGCGUUUCAACUUUACUGCGUAAAGGACGAGGAGCCCGUGUGCGUCGACUGUGUCCCUCUACAUCGGGCUCACGAGCUGCUGCCGCUCAACGAGGGGACGCGGUUGUGUCAGGAAGAACUGACCAUUAAAGUCAACAUAUUGGAGGAGAAAGUGGAGACCUUCAAGAGAAUGAAAAAUAAAUACUCUAACACAGUUGAUUUCAUGAAGAGCCAGGCUGAGCAGGCAGAGAAGCAGAUCAAGGCAGAGUUUGAGAGGCUCCGUCAGGUGCUGUGUGUAGAGGAGGCUGCCAGGCUGAAGGCCCUGGCAGACGAGGAGGAGGAUAAGAGAUCCGGUAUGGAGGAAAGGAUCAGCUCCUUGACCAGUGACAUCGCUGCCCUCACUAAGCUGGUCCAAACAGUAAAGAGGGAGAUGGGGGCGGAGGAUUUAACCUUCUUGCAGAACUUCCCAGCCUUAAAGAAAAAAGCCCAGUGGCCUCGUGAAGACCCCCAGAAUCCCUCAGAUGCUCUCCUGAACAUGGCCAAACACGUGGGCUCUCUGGGCUACAGCAUUUGGAAGAGCAUGCAGGCUCACGUCACAUGCAUCCCAGUGGUGAUGGACCCUAACACAGCCUCUCCCUGGCUUUCCAUGUCCCCAGACCUGGCCAGCGUACGGAACAGCCCAGAGCGCCAGUCUCUCCCGGACAACCCUGAGCGCUUCGACCCCUGUGUCUUUGUCCUUGGAGCUGAGGGCUUCCGCUCCGGCAAGCAGUGCUGGGAGGUCCAUGUGGGAGACAACCCAAAGUGGAUCCUGGGAAUCUGUAAGGAGUCUGUGGCUCGCAAGAGGAAGUUCACUGUGUCCACAGACAGGGGUGUGUGGACCAUCGGUCUGAGCAAAGGGGUGUACAAUGCCCUGACUGGCGAACGCACAGUGCUGGUCGUGGAGAGUCGGCCAGAGAGGAUCCGGGUAAAGCUAAACAUGGAUAAGGGGGAGGUGUCAUUUUGGGACACAGGCAACGGUGGGAAGCACCUGUGCACCUUCAAACACAAGUUUACAGAGAGAGUGUUCCCCAUAUUUGGUCCUGGGCUCCACACCACCCCGAUGGAGGUUAAGCCGGCCAAGGUGACCAUUCAUACUGCGUGACAGGGCAGUGUGACAGUCACUACAGCUUGCUAAGUGUCUGGUUCAAUAGCAGAUGGGCAGUAGUAGUACUCGCUUGGAUAGAGGUCACAUGUUAUGGUCAGAAGGUAGCCUAAUACGUGCACUUGAAUAGAUGGGGCAUUCCACUGUUUAAGCUGUCAGGCUGGUGUGGUUGUAUUCUAGUAGUUUUACUGUGGCUAUAGGUUUGCGUUGAGGUUUGGAUCAAGGCUUUUUGUAUGGUCACAAUCAUCUUUGAAAAUGUGCCAUAGCAGUAUUCAUAUGCUUUCCAUAGGAUGUACAGUAUGCAGGCAUUUAUUACAUGAGGGAUUUUUUUGACACUGAUUUUCUUUAACUGGUAUGUUUACAUUGCUGAGCGAUUAUACAUAAAUAUUUUCUUGGACUAGAGGGGAUCCGGGGGUAAGAACGUAUUUUCUGUCAAAUUUGGCUGCGUUCUGAGAUUUAUUGAUAAUUUUGCUGAUUUAAUUAUGUAUCGGUAUGGAAUUAUGUGAACAAAAACGAAUCAAAUGUUAUGUCACAUGCGCCGAAUACAACUGGUGUAUACUUUACCGUGAAAUGCUUGCUUACCAGCCCUACCCAACAAUGCAGAGUUUAAAAAUCAAAAUAAAAUGGUUAAACAAGGAAUAAAUAUAUACAUUGUACCAGAUCAAUGUGCACGGGUACGAAGUAUUUGUGGUCGAUAUGUACAUGAAGGCAGGGUAAAGUGACUGGGCAUCAGGAUAGAUAAUAAGAGUAAAAUAAAGAACAGAGCAGCAACAGUAAAUACGUGUAAAAAAAGUGUGUGUUGUCGGUCUGUGUGUGUGCAUAUGUAGUGAAUGUGU